AUGGCAGCAACUUUCUCGUACGCGCAAGCCGCGAAGGGCAUUUCGAGCCCAGUCUCCGUCAGCAAGCCAGCUUCUGGCUCCGCAACACCGGCCAAGGACGACGCAUCCAAAGCCCCAAUUACCUCGAUCGCCCAGGUAAACAGCUGGGCCGACGACGCCGAGACCGAGUCUUCGACUGACCAGCUCACGACGAACGGCGAGUCCCGAGUGAUUUCCUCGAAGCCCACAAAACCUGCCGAGUUGCUCGAGGCGUCUACUCCCGACCUAGAUUCUCUGUCUGCUUCGACAGUGACCAAGGACGACGACGUGUCCUCACAGCCCAACAUGUCUUCUGAGUCGACAUGGGACAACAAGUCUCAGGCUUCUACCUCGGUUGACAAGUCCGUCGAGCCCGUAGAGAAGACCUCAGAAAAGCCCGAGAGGGCUGAGAAGGGCAGGAAAGGCAAGAAGGGGGACAAGAGUGAGAAGAAGGAAGCUGAGAAGGAGAAGGAGCCACCCAAGCCCCUCAAGGAGGCACCUCUGCCAGCCGUAAACAUCUGGCAACAGCGCGCAGAUCAGCAGAAGACCCAGGCGAAACCCGUAACAUCGCCUCUCACAAACGGAGCGCCUAAGAAGAGCAACCCUGAGGGGAGACACACAAACGCUGAGAACAAGCCCAAGGGCCGCGAGGAGGACAAGGCAACUCCUCUGCGAAAGGACACAAGAGGAGAUGCAGAGAAGAAGGGUGCUAAGGGCAGACCCUACGAGAAGGACGUAAAGCCUGCGUCAAGCGCUAUGCCGCUACCGCCCAACCAGGACCAGGAGUCAUGGCCAACACCGGAGACAGCGGUCGACGAGGACCGCAAGAAGGCUCAAGAAAAGGGCGAGAAAGAGCGCAAAGACAGCGCACCAAAUGGAACCUCCGGCAAACAGGAAUGGGUGAAAGUGCCAUACACACCGUCCGUCGUCUUUCACACACCGCUGCCCAAUGCCGCAAACUCGCGCAGGGGUGGUAGGCCUGGCGGCCGUGGAGGAGCACAAUCUGGUGGCAGACCUGCUGGCUUUGCUGCUAACGGUGUCGCGACAUCUGAAAAGGAUGCAUCAACCUCAGACACUGUACUCAACGGCGAGCAGCCUAAGCGCGAAGUCAAUGGUGUCGCUGGAGACACGUCUCCCAAGUCAAAGCGCUCAGGCAGCGCUACUUCGCCAACCCUCAAGGAGCAAGUGCCAGCAGUCAACGGAGAGAAGUCUUUGAAGGGACCCGGCGCUGCACCUUUCGAGCCUGAGGCACCCAAGCGAGCCUCCACUAUGACAGAAAUGUCCAACCAGAACGGCACAUUCCCUCGUCAGUACUCAAGCAGGCCUGGCAAGGGCCGAAGAGGCGACUUUGCCGGCUCUGAGCGAAGAAGGGAUGGUGAUGUCUCCCCUACUAAGGAUGCCUCUCAGGCCGAGGGCUCUGAGAACGAGCGACGACCCUUUGAUGGGCCUAACGGUGUCCACUCCAAGCAGAGCCGCUACAACAAUUCCUAUGCUGGCGGACGCGACAGGCCUCGCGGUGGUGGUCGUGGAGGACGAGGUGGUUUCACCAAUGGCCACCAAUUCACUAACGGGCAUGCUCAACAAGGCAGCGGGUCGUUCUCCAUGGGUUCUGGCUCGCCUACUACCUUCAACCCUGGAAACAACGCUUUCUUCACAGCGCCUCAGGGCAAGUUUGGCCGCAACAGCCAUCGCUCGCAGUCCGUUGCCGAUUCAUACCGUUACCCUGGUUUCCAGGGUGCUUCUCAGAUGGCUUCUCUCAACACUUACAACAUGUACGACUACAACAUGGUGGCACCUGUGAGCGCUAUGCCUUACAACCCUUACCCUGUCGACCAGUUUGCUCUGUUCCAGAUGAUCACAACCCAGGUUGAAUACUACUUUUCGGUUGACAACCUGCUGAAGGACAUGUAUCUGCGUAGGCACAUGGACUCUCAAGGUUUUGUGUCUCUCGACUUCAUCGCUGCCUUUAACCGGAUCAAGAACUUGACAACCGACGUAGAACUUCUCAAGCUUGUGUGCCAGCAGUCGAGUCACGUCCAGUACCGCACUGGCGAGGACGGCUGUGACAGGCUCCGUCGCCGUGAGGGCUGGGAGUCGUGGGUCCUGAGCAUGGCUGAGCGAGACGAGUCGGCGCAGAACGAGGGCCCAAAGGAGUUGCACAACCCUCCCGUCCCUAACCCUGCUGGCUUUGACCAGUCAAACCCUCCCCAGUACCCGACUAUGCACACUGGAUAUGGCAACGAUGUGUCAUACCCCCAGCAUAACCCUUUCGUCCCGAGCGCUUCUCAGGGCGCCGCUGCGACGCCCACUGAAGACUUGACCAACGGUACAUUGCCGGAAGGCACGAACGGCACUGCCGUACCGAACGGUCAACCGAUCGAGGAAUCGACCAAGGCUGUGAGUUCAGAACCCGAUUCAUUUUUUGACGCGCGAAUGGAGAGCUUGACCGUCAUUGUUCGCAAGCAAAACAAGUCAAUAGCAGCGUUGCGCCCCUCAGCUUCACGAACGUUUUCUAAUGGUUCCCUCGAUAGUAAAAGUGGCGGUGUAGAUGAACUGGACGGUGUACUCAGCUGUCGCUCUAGGGCCAAGGACGCCAUUAUUUCGCAUGAUGCUGAGCGCCUCCAAAGCCCGAAGAGCGCAGCAAGCUCUGUCACACCUCCUGUUGGCCUCUACUGGGUCAAGGAUCAGGAAAACCCUGUCGACUCGGUGCCUUCCGAUAUUAUACACGAAUCUUAUUUCAAUCUUCGAUCGAAAGCGCUUCAGCAGCGUCAAAAUACCCCUUUUGGCUCAACUUGCUACGACAUGGAGGUCCUUUACCAAUUUUGGUCGCACUUCCUGAUACGAAAUUUCAACAGCCGAAUGUACGAAGAAUUCCAACAUCUUGCUUUCGAGGAUGCCCUUCACAACAUGACCGAUGUUGGUCUUCUAAGUUUGAUCAAGCUCUACAGCCAGUCCUUGUUAUCGUCACAGACUGUGGUUCGACACCGUGUGGCCUGCGAUUACGUUGCUUUGGUCGCAUCAGAGGAUGAGGAUCACUGUCCAGCAUUCGACCAAUUACGAUCAGAUCUCAGCAACAGAUGUCUCCAUUCCGGCAGCCAGCAACGCCUGCAACGACUGUUGACUGACGACCUCAUGACGUUACUCAAACCCUGA